CUUGACUCACCCUGUGACAGUCUCCCCACUAGUGAUGGAAAGCUUAAAUCGCACUGAAGAAUAACCUGAUUUGAGGAAAUCUGCCCCUGAUAUCCCAAGAAGCAAUCACCAAAAUGAAGACUGCUUUAAUUUUGCUCAGCAUUUUGGGAAUGGCCUGUGCUUUCUCAAUGAAAAAUUUGCAUCGAAGAGCCAAAUUACAGGAUUCAGAAGAAAAUGGGGUCUUUAAGUACCAGCCACGAUAUUCUCUUUACAAGCAUGCCUACUUUUAUCCUCCUCUAAAACGAUUUCCAGCUCAGAGCAGUAGUGACUCAUCUGAAGAAGAUGGAAAUGGUGACAGUUCAGAAGAGGAGGAAGAUGAGGAGGAGACUUCAAAUGAAGAAGAAAACAAUGAAGAGAAUGCAAAUUCUGAUGAAAACGAAGAUGAAGAUGAGGCUGAGAAUACCACCCUUUCUACCACACCUGGCUAUGGAGAGACCACACCUGGAACAGGGUAUAUAGGUCUAGCUGCAAUCCAACUUCCCAAGAAGGCUGGGGAUAAAAGACACAAGGCUACAGAAGAGGAGGAAAGUGAUGAAGAAGAAGAGGAAGAUGAAGAAAAUGAAGCAGAAGUGGAUGAAAAUGGGCAAGGCAUAAAUGGCACCAGUAGCAACAGCACAGAGGCAGAAAAUGGUAAUGGCAGCAGUGAUGGAGAUAAUGGAGAAGAAGGUGAAGAAGAAAGUGUCACUGAAGCCCAGGCAGAAGGAACCACGGUGGCUAGAAAGCAGGACAAUGAUGGCUCUAAGACAACAACCUCUCCAGAUGGUGGGUUUGAACCUACGACUCCACCACCAGAGCUCUACGGGACUACCACCAGACAGUCUGGGGAAGCCACGCCCACCGGAUAUGAGGAAGAGUACGAACAAACAGGCACUAAUGAAUAUGACAAUGGAUAUGAAGUCUAUGAAAAUGAAAACGGGGAACCUCGUGGGGAUAAUUACCGAGCCUAUGAGGAUGAGUACAGCUACUAUAAAGGGCGUAGCUAUGAUGGCUAUGAUGGUCAAGAUUAUUACUACCGCCAUCAGUGAAGGCCCAGCCUGGGAUGAAUUCCUCCAUUCUGGCAUUUCAUGUGGCUACCAUUUUCAAAGUUCAACUCAGGAAGGUGCAAUAUAACAAAUGUGCAUAUUAUAAUGUGGAAUGGUGCUACUGUUCCAAAGUAAUUUUCUGUAAUUGCUUCUGCAAGUAAUGGGCUUCUUGUUGCUUUUCCCUGGUUUAUUAUUGAAAGUUAUUGUAAAUCAGGGCCAUUUAAACCUAAAUCCAUGAGAUGGAGUUCGAUUACAUGUUUUGAGGUUGUAGUUCUAUAAAUAGUAUUUUUAACAUGUUUGUACUAUUAUUAACUGCUAAAACUACUCUUCAUGCAAGACGUGCUUCUAGGAAUUAACAUUAAUGACACUAUAUAUAAAUACGUGUAGUUCUUUAAUCACCUACCUACCCAGCACUGUAUAUUAUGUUUAAUUAUCAGCUUCAUGUA